UUUGACAUUUUUCUUCUUUCACGUUUCAUUUUCAGAAUGAUUUGUGAUAUUUAGUAAUUUCAGGUCACGUUCCUUCUCCUCGUGUGUGAAGCUGAAAUCAGACGUAAAAACGUCAAAGUGUAAACGACUCAAACACAAUGUGUCCCGGUUGGAGGUCGGCCAAUCCCAUCAUGCACCUGGACUGCACCACGUUAAUCUGUCCUGUUAACGAGCUGCCGUUUGUUUCAGGAAGUUGGAUUAAGACUCAGACGUUUGCUGCUCUGCCUUCGUUUGUCUUCUUCUUCUUCUUCUUCUUCUUCUUCUUCUUCUUCUCUGUUUGUCCACUUGUCUUCUUCUUCUCUGUCCUCUCUUCUUUGGUCUCACGUCUUCAUAUUUCAGGGACUUUGGACAAACUCUUCGACCUCGUUUGGUUCAAUCUGAAUUUCUUCCUCAUGAAGGUUUCCAAGACAAAAACAAACAUUUGAGAACUAGACAACGAUGAAGACGGGAUGAAGAGUGAAGUUGCAGCUGUGGGUUCGACAUGUGGAGUAAAAACAGGAAGAUGACAAAGUACAAAAAGAAAUAAAAGAAGGAAAAUGUGGAAGGAAAAGUGAAAAGACUUCAAACUGAGUUGAAAAGAAAGAAAGAGAAGAAACGGAGAAACAGGAAAGAGACGAAGCUUCGACUGCGACGACGAAAGAGACGAGUGUGAAUCUAAAGACAAGUCGUAGAGAGGGCGGAACAAUGAAUGACGCAGAAUGUGGCACCAAAGUGACGCAGCCGUCCGGUGACAUCACCUUCUGUAACAACCUAAGCCCCUCCCCCGGCCUGCGGCGGAAGCAGCUGUUGUGGCAAAACGCCGUCAGAAACAUCAUCGACCAGCACAACCUGUACACGCUGCGGCUGGCCGGCGGCCUGGAGAGGAGCCGCCAUGGCAUCACCGUCACCGAUGCCUACAUCGCCGACAUCAACAGGCAGAUCCGUAACAAGGCGUCUCGGGGGGCGCUGUGGCACAAGCGGCGCUCGUCGGCAGCUCGCGUUCAACCGGCGACACUGAGGUUCAGCGCGGCGACGCAGAGCAAACACGACUUGCUCAGUGACGCAGAUUUCUUCGUGUCGUGGGGAUCAACAGUGCGAGGCGUCUUCAUUCCUGCUCUGCAACACACAUUCAAGUCCGUGGACCUGGAGCAGCUGUACCAGCAGUUUUCCUCCGGUCAGAGAAGAACGUCUCUGGUCGUCUCCAACGUCCUCGACAUCAUCACCAGACUCCUCCUCUCUCUGCUUACAUGGCCAUCGGGCUGGAGCGGCGUGGCCUGUAAUUGGCUGGUUGGCCUAUCAGUCAUCCUGUGGGCGGGGAUCUGUGCUCUGGGUCUGAUCAGGAGGGAAGUGAUGAUGUCACCGCAGUUGCUCAGGUACCUGUCGGUGGUCAGCUGGUUGUCUCAGACGCUGCAGGUGUUGCUCGGCGUCUUCAGUUGGGCGGAGAGCGAUCACUCGUGGUACGUCGUCUUCACCCUCUUCUCCACCUACACUCUGCUGCCCCUCCCCCUCCUCUGGUCCAUUGUCGCCGGGGCAACCACCUCCACCCUGCACCUACUGGUGGACGUCUGCUGUCACCAUGGAGACCACACCUUCAUCAGAAAGGUGCUGUCGAAGGCCUUGCUGUACCUGGCGAUGAACACGGCCGGUCUGUUCAUCCACUACCUGUCGGACCGGACGCAGCGACAGUCCUUCCUGGAGACCAGACGCUGCAUCGAGGGCCGAGUGAGGCUGGAGAGAGAGAACCACCGACAGGAGCGUCUGGUGAAGUCCAUCCUGCCUCGUUUCCUGGUUCUGGAGAUGAUGUCUGACAUGGCCACCAUGGACGAGUAUCUGCUGCCUCAGCAGUUCCACAAGAUCUACAUCCACCACUACAAAGACGUCAGCAUCCUGUUCGCAGACCUCAUCGGCUUCACGCCGCUCUCGUUGAUUCUCUCUGCUCAGGAUCUCGUUAAAACUCUCAACGAACUCUUCGGCCGCUUCGACAGGCUGGCAGAGGGACAUCGCUGUUUGCGUAUCAAGAUCCUGGGCGACUGUUAUUAUUGUGUGUCUGGAGUUCCAGAGCCUCAGAGAGGACACGCUCGCUGCUGUGUGGAGAUGGGCCUCAGUAUGAUCAACACCAUCCGGUACGUUCGUCGGGAGCUGCAGCAGGAGGUGGACAUGAGGAUCGGGGUUCACUCGGGGUCGGUUCUUUGCGGCGUCUUGGGUCUUCAGAAGUGGCAGUUUGACAUCUGGAGCUGGGACGUGGACAUCGCCAACAGUCUGGAGGCUGCAGGCGUCCCGGGACGUAUCCACAUCUCUCGGGCCACUCUCGACUGUCUGGGCGGGCUCUACCAGACGGAGGCGGGACAUGGCCAGGACCGCAACGAGUUCCUACGGAAGCACAACAUCGACACCUACCUCAUCCGCCCGGCGCCGCGGGACGAGGCCGAGCCGCCGCAAGCGAGGCGCCCGAGUUACGACGAGAUGACGACUUGGAGCGCGGAGCUGCCGUUCGGAGACAUCCUGGGAAUGAAUUUCAUCCUUGCCACUUUCACCAACGGCUCACUGACCCAGCUACCCAAUCAGAUCGCAGCUCAGAGGUCGGGGUCACGGGAGGUCAACAAGAGGAUCCGUCAGGCCAUGGAGGUUCGGAGCGGUGAACGAAUGAGGAAGGAGCACAUCACCACCUUCACUCAGGUGUUCAAGGACUCGCACAUGGAGGGAAAGUAUUCACAGAUGAGGGACGAACUCUUCAAGUCCAACAUGGUUUGUUCCUUCAUCCUGCUGCUGCUGCUGAUGGCGGUGCAAGUGCUGAUCCCCGCCCCACGGUUAUGUCCGAUGGUCGCUCAGUUCGUAAUCAGCUGUGGUGUUUACGCUCUGCUCUUGUUGCUCACGCUGGGGGAGGAGUUUAAGCAUUGCCCUGCCCCCCUUCAGUCACUCUGUUGCUGGAUUCACGAAAACAAGCGCGCCCGGGCGCUGCUCACACUCACCGCCAUCGCUGUCAACUUUGGAGUCGCCUCCUCGGACAUCCUGUGGUGUGACUCAUCAGACGCUCACGUCAACCACACCGACGCCCCGCUGGCUCCGCCCACCUCUGCCUGGCCUGACAUCAACAUCUGUACACAUCCAGAGUACAUGGCUCUGAGUGGCGUGGUUGCCAUGGUUACCUGCGCAGUGUUCCUCAGGUUGAGUUGUGUGUUGAAGCUCGCCGUCCUCCUAGUGGCCGCCGCCCUCUACACCUACGUCAUCGAGACGCACAGGUCUCAUCACUUGUGUAAAAACGGCGUUUGUGUCGUUCUCAUGGUGAUGUUUGUGUUCGCCGUUCUCUACAACAGCAGACAGCUGGAGGCGACGGCCCGGCUGGACUUCCUGUGGCGUCUCCAGGCGAGGAAGGAGGUGGAGGACAUGAAGGAGCUGAGGGAACACAACGAGUGUCUGCUGCUCAACAUCCUGCCCGUCCACGUCGCACAACACUUCCUGGAGCGAGACAGCAACAACGAGGAGUUGUACUCGCAGUCGUACGAGCGGGUCGGCGUCCUCUUCGCCUCUCUGCCCAGUUUCUCCAACUUCUACGAGCAGCGUGAGCUGGUUCAUCAGCACGUCGAGUGUCUCCGCCUCCUCAACCACAUCAUCUCCGACUUUGAUGAGUUGUUGGACGAGUGUUAUUUUCAGGAGGUUGAGAAGAUUAAAACCAUCGGCAGCUCCUACAUGGCAGCGUCUGGUCUCUCUCCUGACAGACGGGAGUGGGAGGACGUCUGGCAUCACCUCAGUGAGUUGGUUCUUUUCGCUCUGGCGAUGCAGGAAACGCUCAAACACAUCAACUCAAACACAGGAAACAACUUCCAGCUCCGAGUCGGAAUCGCUCACGGCCCCGUGAUCGCAGGUGUGAUCGGUGCCACCAAACCUCAGUACGACAUCUGGGGGACAACGGUGAACAUGGCGAGCAGGAUGGAGAGCACGGGAGUCAGCGGCAGGAUUCAGGUCCCAGAAUCCACCAGCUGUAUUCUGGUGGAGCGAGGAUUCCUACGGCAACUUAGAGGGAACAUUUACCUGAAAGGCAUCAGCGAACGCCACGGCAAGGUUCGUACGUUUUUCGUGAGCAGUCAGGAGGAGCGCUCCAGCCUCGUGGAGCGCGGCGGUGGGCGGGGCUUCAGUCUGAACAGGAACACACUGGGAGCCGUCGUCUUCAGCCUCGUUCAGGCCCGAAAGAGAGAGAAGCUGCGGGAGGAGAACGGAGGGUUUCACCUGGUGGAGGCGUCGUAGCCUCAAUGAUCGGAAAUCCGCUUCCUUCAAUGGAAGGUGGGAACACGCUGGAAACUCCAAGGAGGAAUUUACAGGAACUAAAGAAAGUCGACAGAUGAACACGGAGGACGAAGUGUUUGUUCGCAGUCAAGUUAACUUGGCUACGUGGAUUUUCUUCAAAUCGUCAAUUCUACUCUGGUUUCAAUAAAACUGUUUUUUUGUCAUA